CCCUGCCACACACGAAGCUACACGACGUCCAAACGACAGGAUGGGACGCCUAUUCAACAUCUUCACGGCUGCCUUCUGUUCGAUAGGUGCCUUUUUGUUUGGAUAUGACAGCGGAAUCAUCGCCUCGGUGAUCACCUUCUCCGCGUUCAAGAGCUUCAUCGGACCCGCGAGCCAAUAUGAUAGCUUGUCUGGUGCCGUGGUGUCGACAUUCACUGGUGGCUGUUUCUUUGGGGCUGCUUUGGCAGGAUGGUCAAGCGACAGGCUCGGCCGUAAACGAAGUACACAGCUCGGGGCAGUCAUCGCACUGUGGGGAUGCGCGAUGCAAUCUGGAGCCAACAACUUUGCGUGUAUGCUUAUAGGCCGUAUAGUGACCGGGUUCGCCAUCGGGAUCCUAUCCAUGACCGUUCCUCUGUACAACACAGAAAUUGCCCCACCGAAGAUCCGAGGCUUCGUUGUCGGCCUCACGCAACAAAUGAUCGGCAUCGGAUUCAUCGUCGCUAACUGGGUCGGCUACGGCUGCCAGUUUCUGGACGGCAACCAGGGGUGGCGCCUCGCGCUCGGUCUACAGCUCGUCCCCGCCUCUCUCCUGCUCAUUGGAAUUCAAUUUCUGCCUUUCUCUCCUCGCUGGCUCCUCGAGCAGAACCGCGACGACGAAGCACGUGCGGUCGUCUACAGGCUGCACAGUGCCUCCACUCCGGAAGAAAAGGAAGCUGCAGAAACCGAGUUCCUAGAGAUGCAGGCCGUCAUCAAAGCCGAGGCGUCCCAGCGGUCCAGGAACCUGUCCGACCUGUGGGCCACCCGAGCGAUGCUCAAGCGUACGCUCGUCGCCGUGGGCGUGCAGGUGUUUGGGCAGUUCUCCGGGAUUAAUGUCAUCAACUACUUUGGCCCUUCGAUGUAUCAGGCACUCGGCCUGAGUCCUGGCCAAUCGUUGCUCGUGCAAGGCAUUUACGGUGCCGUUGGGCCUAUCACAAACUUCUUUUUCAUUACCCUCAUCCUCGAUACCGUCGGACGCAAGAAGCCGCUCAUGUUUGGCGCGGGUAGCUUUGUGGUUACAUACUCGAUCCUGACAGCAAUUGUCGCGUGUUUCCCUUCCGAAGUCAAUGGCGUCGCGAACACACAUCACGCUGCACAGAGGGCUGGCAUCGCUAUGAUCUUUUUGACAAGCAUCUUCUUCUCUCUGUCCUUUGGACCAGUGUCCUGGGUCCUUGCUUCUGAGGUUUUUCCAAUGAGGACUCGGUCGAUGGGCACUUCUGUGGCCACCUGCGCGAACUGGGCAUUCAAUGUUCUAUUCUCUCAAGUCUCCAAUCUAGCUCUCAAUAACGUCAGCUGGCGAUACUAUCUCCUGUUCAUCAUCUUGAAUGCUAUCGACUUCGUCGUCAUCGCUUUGUUCUUCCCCGAGACUAAAGGAAAGUCGCUGGAGGAAAUGGCAGAGAUAUUUGGCGACGAGGUGGUCCUCUCGGAAACACAUGACAACCACUCUGACCACAAACUCGAGAGCGAGAAGGCCUAGGCUCAGCCGAAAGUAGGAAGCACAUGCCGCAUGCUGUAGCCAUGAUACAAUGCAGCUUUUUAGCAUCGCCUGCCGG